AAAAAAAAAAAAAUGAAUACCUUGGCUCUCAUUGCAUUUGCCUUAUGGGCAUUAUUUAUGAGGUAUUUACCUAAAAUUAUGGAGUUUAUAAAAUUAAAACGUUGGUCAGACUCAUUGCCGGGACCAACAGUUGGUGAACUUAUCGAGAAUGCCAAAAAAGGCCAAAUUCUCACCUGGUUGAAGGAGCUACGACAGAAGCAUGGUUCAACAUUUCGCAUAUGGUUUGGCAAAGAUUUGUUGGUGUUUUUCACUGAUCCCGAAGAUGUCAAACAAUUGUUGGGCAACAACAACCUGUUGUACAAAUCAUCAAACUACAAAGUUAUACAGCCCUGGUUGGGAUCGGGCCUCUUGACAAAUGGUGGUGAAUCUUGGCAUUCGCGCAGAAAGCUGCUCACACCGGCAUUUCACUUUCGCAUAUUGAGCGAAUUCAAAGAGCCCAUGGAAGAGAAUUGCAAAAUUAUGAUACGCCGCUUGCAGGAGAAGGCCAACGAAAAGGAGUUUGACAUCUAUCCCUACAUUACACUGUUUGCCUUGGAUGUGAUCUGUGAGACGGCCAUGGGCAUAAAGAAAAAUGCCCAAAUGCAAAGUGAAUCGGAAUAUGUAAGAGCAGUGCAGGACAUAUGUCACAUUUUACACAAACGCUCCUUUUCCUUUUGGCAAAGAAAUAACGUUUUCUUCAAAUACACCGAACCGGGUCGGCAAAUGGUGGCUGCCUUGCAAAUUUUGCAUGGUGAAACCAAUCGUGUCAUAAAGUUAAGACGUAAAAUGUUGCAGGAUUCCAAGAUACACAAUAUGCAAGAUGCUGAAAAAUCUAUCGAUGAUAUAGGCACCAAAAAGCGUUUCGCCUUUUUGGAUAUGUUGCUGAUAUCGCAAAUGGAAGGUUUGCCCCUUAGCGAUACGGAAAUACGUGAAGAGGUCGAUACGUUUAUGUUCGAAGGCCAUGAUACAACUAGUUCAGCCAUUGGUUUUGCCAUAUAUCUGCUCUCACAACAUGCCGAUGUGCAGCAGCAGGCUUACGAAGAAGCUGCCUCUCUGGAGGGUAGGGAGAAAGAAUCCAUGCCUUAUUUAGAGGCGGUUAUCAAAGAGACUUUACGUUUGUAUCCCUCGGUACCAUUCUAUUCGCGUUCCGUAAAAGAGGACAUGGAUGUGGGUAAAUUAAAAGUACCCAAAGGCUGCAGUGUUAGUAUUUUAUCCUAUGUGGUACAUCGUGAUGAGAAAUAUUUCCCCGAACCAGAGAAAUUCAAGCCAUCAAGAUUUUUCAAAAACGACAAAGAUUUGCAUCCCUUCAGUUUUGUGGCCUUUAGUGCUGGCCCCAGGAAUUGCAUAGGCCAAAAAUUCGCCAUGCUCGAAUUGAAAAGUUCUUUGUCUGCUCUUUUACGCAAUUUCGAAUUUCUCCCUGUGGAAGGUUUUCAACCCAAUCCUUUGGCCGAAUUGGUAAUGAAGAGUGGAAAUGGCAUACGAAUUAGAAUGAAGCCACGCAAUUAAGUAUUUGUUUCAUAAAAUAAAUUGAAAUUUAUUAGCUUUUAAAUAAUUAGGAUAAGAAAUUAUUUUUGUAUUAAUUAAUUAACUUGUUGCAAUGCAAUGUGGUUCAUUGUGAUGUGACAAAAAAACAUGGAUACUGGAAUAUGUUGUGUACAGUAGUAGCAUAUAAGAAACCUACGAG